AGUUUUCUAGCAACUAGUUUCUUUGGUUAAUGUUUACAUCAAAUGGCAGGGUUAUUUUACAAACAGAGCUAACUUUUUAUUGUUAUAUCUGCGUUUGUGUUCGCUAUUGUAUAGAUACAUCAGACAUUUUAUAAGCGAUACAUAUUUCAAAUAUUUGUUCGAUGUAGGCUGGAUCUGGGCUAUUCAUAGUCUCAGAAAGCAGGCAAUUGACUCCCCAAUGUCACUGUCCGAGAACAUGAAUAUGACAGUGUUUGUCCAAGUGGCUUCUCUGCAUUGAUGGCAAAAGUCUCUUUUUUUAGUAAACUUUGGAAUUGUGUUUUUGAAUUUGUCAAGACGUUUAAAGUUGUUGCAAUGAAACGACUUUUAUCAAAACUAAUCAACCGCGCGCUGCUAACUGAACCAUUUGGAACAAUAAUGGGUGGUGAAGCAGGUGUCCACACAAAUUCCCGUCGAAGACUGAUUGUAGGAUUGGGCAACCCAGGAAUGAACGGUUCUCGUCACAGUGUGGGUAUGGCGGUACUCGAAGCACUUUCUGCCCGGCUCGGGGUCGCUGACCGCUGGCGUGGUGAUAGGCAGGUGUCUGGUGAAGUCAUUGUGUCAGACAUCCAAGACACCCAAAUCGUGCUUCUACGGCCACGACUACUGAUGAACAUAAACGGUGUAUCAGUGGCCAAAGCAGCGGGUAAAUACGGCAUCAAGCCUGAGGACAUCCUCCUGGUUCAUGACGAACUGGACAAGCCCCUUGGGAAGCUCGGUAUGAAACAAGGAGGAAGUGCCAGGGGUCAUAAUGGCGUGCGGUCCUGUGUUGAGUGUUUGCAGACAGAUGUGAUGCCUAGGCUGCGUGUUGGCAUCGGCAGACCAACAAGUAAAAUGUCAGUUGAGCGCCACGUUUUGGGCCGCUUCUCCAAGGAGGAGCAGAAGGUUCUGGGCGGGGUCCUGGAACAGUGCGUAGACACCGUCCUGUCUCAGCUCACCGACACGGAGCAUGUCGAGUCCCCACCAGGAGGCAGACCAGCGUCACGAGCUGGAGAACAGAGGGAGCGCUCACGUUCUCCACCAACGGACUCCACCGGCCAGACGUGAAACUGGAACCAUGGCUGUAUUCUGGGAUAGUUGGUGUGGAAACAAAGCUGCCUAUUGAAGAAAUGUGCAUAUUACUGGGAUAUGAUUUACACUCUGCUUGAAAGUAAGCACUCAGUUUCAGGACAACAAAUUCAGAUGUGUUAAUUAUAAUGGUGGCGUAAAAAAUAAAAGCUGGCCGGUGUGCAUUGCCGAUGGUGGUCUCAUGUGCGACGUCCAGUGAGAGACGAAUUCUUGAUGUUACGAAGAUCCGAUUAAAAUACUGUCAUACAAAUGCCAUUGACUAGUAGUAA